AUGCCAAAUGGGGUCGGAUUAAAGUCGGGCUCCAGAAAUGUCAUCACAGUCAUAAAUAACAAAGGUGGGAUUGUUUGAGGUUUGGCUGAAAAAAAUACAAUUUUAGGUUUUAGACUAACUUUGCAAAACUUAAAAAAUUAAUGUUGAAAGCUUAAAAGCUAAUAUUAUAAAAUUUGACGAAAUGUCACAAAAGUUAUCGAUUUUUUAUAGUUUCGUAGAAAUGUAUUUUAUGAAGAUUGUAACAUGUAUUUUAUAUAAUUUUAGCUAGUUUAAGCCCAAAAAAUAGUUUAUGCAAUAUUUUUUAAAAUUUCAAAAGUUUAACGAAAUGUCACAAAAAGUAUCGAUUUUUCACAGUUCAUCAUAAGAAAAGUACUGCCACUUAAAUAUAGGCACCACAAGUAUUAAUACUUAAAAUAAAUUGUCUAGAUACUGUCUAUCAUAUCAUAUUAUAGUAUCCGUUUCGACUAUUUAGACAACAAAGAAAAUGGCGUAAAGUAGCCGGUCAGCUAAGCAAACAGUCCACUACAUUUCCAUAUAUUGAUUUGGUGAAUAGCCAUUGUCUAAUGAAAGAUAAACACAUUGAUUUAUAUGGUUUGACACUUGGGUUUGAAACCUGUUUAGUCCAUAUUGUACUGGACAUUUACUUUUUCAUAGCCAUUUUUUGUCCCACUGUAGCUUUUUUUUUAUUCUUAAGCCUACUGUAGAAUACUGCAUUCUCAAGCCUACUGUAACAUACUGUACCGUUAAGCCUAUUUUAACAUACUGUAUUCUUCUAGCUUAGAGUAGCAUCUAUAUUUUUACCGCCUAUAAGCCUACGGUACCAUACAGUACAUUUAAGCCUACUGUAAUAUACUGUAAUUUUGAGCUUACUGUACCACUCAAAUUUAGAAAACACGUAUUUUACCUACAGUACCAAGCCGAUAUCAUCAUUAUAAAUUUAAACCUACAGUACAUGACCAACUUCUACAGUACUAUGCUAGGUUACAGUAAUCAAUACUACUUUAUAUUCCUAAUAUUACUAAUACUAGUAUCAGUAGUCUAUUGCCAAACUUGUGAAGACAAAACAGGCUCAAAUGGAGUGUCAGACUGUGGCAGAUUGGCCAAUUUGUGUAACAAUCAAACAUACUACGACUUGAUGACACAACAAUGUCCUAAAACUUGUAAUCGAUGUAGUCAAAUUAGUAGUGUCAGUAAUGUGAUCAGUAAUACUGGAACUGCUAGUAAGUUCUUUGGAAAGGUAGGGUAGGGUAAAGUUUGGUAAGGCACAAUAGAUAAGGUAAGACAGGGUCGAGCAGAGUAGGGUAGGGUAAGAUUAAAUAGAGUGAGAUAGAAUAGAGGAACGUAAGUUGAGGUAUAGUCAUGUAAACCAAACUAUGACAAGGUAAAAAAAAGGCAUGACAAGGACUCAAAAAAUUAAAAAUCCCCAAAAAAUACCUUUGAAGCCUAUGUUAAUAUCAUGUUCACCCAAUUUUGCCAACUAUACAAAAAACUUUCAAAAAUCUAAAACAUAGGUGUUGUAAAGAAUAACAAACUGUAUGCAAUGCCAUAGUUUCAUUACAAUACCUUGUUUAGCAGCAAAGUUACAACCAGUUGAAAAUGAAAAAGUCUAAAAUUUUCAAGAAAUAUUUCGAACUUUUUUUGUUUUUUGCCAUUUUUGAACCGUAAAACAAAUGUUUAAAUUUUACUUUGUAAACAAUAAAAAUCGUACAUAUACACAAAUUUACGUACAUAUAGAUUAUUUAUUGGCAGAGUUAAGACCGGUAGAAAACAUAAAAGGCUUUAAAUUUCCAAGCCGGAUUCGAGCUUUUUUGGUUUUUUGCCAUUUUCAAUCAGAUAGAACUUUGUCAUAACACAAGAUCUAACUAUAAAACUCUAACUAUAAAACUGCCACAACAUAUAGAUCUUCUUAAAACUAACUUUUUUUUAUAUUUAAAAUACUUUUGAAAUCAGUUUUUUAUAGCUUCUGGCACCUGUGUAGACAAAACCGACAGCAGUGGCAAAUCCGACUGUCCCACAGUAAAACACCUAUGUGAUGACUCAAAAUACCGUGAUUUGAUGACGCAAGAAUGCCCUCAAACUUGUGGUCGGUGCUCUUCUAAUACUACUACUCAAAAUAGUACUGCUAAUGUUGGUACUGGUACUACUGGUUGUGUUGACAAAACAGGUGCAAAUGGUCAAUCAGAAUGUGCACAGAAUGCCAAUUUAUGUACGAACUCAGCUUACAAAGAGUUUAUGAAGACUCAAUGCCCAUUUACUUGUGGGUACUGUAAUACUAGUACUACUGUUGUGACUGAUGAUAAUUGUAAGUUAUAUACGUAGAUUAGGGUAGGGUAAUUUGGAGCAGCGUAAGGGGAGAUAGAAUGCAGUAAAGCCUACUAUGUCCAAUAUAAGUACCAUUUCCAGUGCCAAACCCAGUGAUAACCGGCCCUUGUCGAGAUCUGAUCACAACCUGCAGUACGUACUCGCAAUACUGUAAAAACAAAACCUAUCGCAUUUUAUUGAGUCAACAAUGCCCACUAACUUGUAAAUUUUGUACACCGUAACCUAUUGGGUAAUAAUUUUAAUAAAAUUAAUAAUUUUUUGGUAUUUUAAAUAAUUUAUUAAUAUUUUAAGUUUUCAUUCAACUGCCAAUUUGAAUAUUGCCAGGAAACUUAAUUAUAUUGUAGUAGUUACACGUUUUUGUAUAAUUUUUACGUAUAACAACAACAAAACCUCCAUUUUUUUUUAAGUUUCAUCAACUUUUGACAAAAAAAAUUGUUACCUAAAAUAUGAAAAAAAGCAGAAAUUCUAUGCCUAAAACAAUAAAAAAAGCAUCAAAAACCUCGAAAAAUGUAAUAUAAAUACAAUGCCUUCACUGUCUUUGCCAAUCUACAGACCUAAAAAUCCAACAAAAAAAUUAAAAUCUUACCCAUCAAUACCAUAUUAUCCUUAUUCUCCUUUAUUCAGUAAGAAAACCCAAAAGAAAAGCUGAAAUACUGAUUGAAUUUUGCCAAAAUUUCAUCGUAAUCUUGUUCAUUAUUAGUAAGAACAUCUUUGAAUGUAUUGCGAGCUCCACGAGCGUUUUCGGCUUGUAAUAACGAAUCUAAAACAAUAUAAACCAAAAGAAAACUUAAAACAAUUAUAAAAUUUGCUCUUUAACGAGAAAAACGUUGAAAAGCCAAGAUAUUAGUGAAAUAUUAUACUUCUUACGUUUUCUAUUUCUAAAUAGCUGAUAAACCUAAUUUUUAUAAGGUUAAAAAAUAUAAAACAAGUCGAAAAUCUUUGAAAUGACACCUUUUCUGGACGAAAAUUACUUGUUUUUCAGAAGAUGUGACUGAUUUUGUAGAUGAAUUGAGCUAG